AAUCCCCACCUUAAUAACCUUCCUUAUAUCCAUUUGCAUUAAGAUUUUCCUACACAUAAUAGCAUGUGAUUAACAUAAUGUCAAAAGGACAUAAUUUAAUUAUGGAUAACUUGAUUACAAAAAAUAAAUAUAAAAAUCGAGAGACAAUUUCUAAAAUAAUUAUGUCGGUCGUCUCGAUAAUCUCAAACGCAAAUCACAUUCCUUUUAAGCAAAGCGUUAUAUAACAUAAAAAUUACGAAAGUGCAGAUUUACCCGACAGCUGCGAUAAAUUUGAUACAAAUAUACAUAAUUAGAGGUAAAAUUAAUCUAUUUCAUAUAUUCAUAUGAAAUUAUGUAUAAUUGUUUGUAAAAUAAAAAAGAAAAUAAAAGUAAAGGGAAGAGAGAGAUGCAUCAAAUAUAGCACCAAAUAUUUGAAAUAGAAAUAAGCACUUUUUUUCCUUGAUUUGCUUUUUUGUAACUUUUUGAAAUAACAUUUAAUUUCCGUUUCUGUUUUUUUAAUAUUGCUACUCUGUAUAUAUGAGGUGACUGUGAGAUACUGUAAUCCUCUUCCCCAUCCUCUCUGCACUCUCACUUUCUCUCUCUACAAUCUCUCUCUAAUUCAAUGCUGCACCGAAUUCUCCACCACCCUUUUUCUCUCUCUUCAUCUCCGUUAUCGCCUCAUCUUAUUUCCUGUUCUUCGCCACGUCGGCUUCAGGGAAUGGAGUUUGUGGAGGGGGGUUUUGGGCCGAAGACGCCGGGGAAGGCGGUGGUUCUUAAUAUGGACGACGGCGGCGCCGCCGGAGAUGACUUCUUUGUUGACGAGCUUCUGGAUUUUUCUAAUGGUUACUCUGAAACUGAAGAGCAGCCGGUGGAACUGCCGGAAAAUGAAAUGGACGGGAGAAAAAUUUGCCCUUUUUUGCCUGUAAAACAAGAGGCGGCGGCGCCGCCGCCGCCGCCGCCUGAGAAUGGGGCUCUCUCGCCGGAACUCAGCGUUCAGGCGGCGGAGGGUUUGGAAAGCUUGGAAUGGCUGUCACAUUUCGUGGAGGAAUCAUUCUCCGAUUACCCGCUGACCGGAAAAUUCCCACACAACCCUACGGCGGCGAGGUCAGAACCGCCGCAGGCGGCGGCGGCGAAGGAGCAGCCGUGUUUCACGACUCCGGUCCAAACCAAGGCUAGAACAAAGAGAGCCCGGACCGGCGUGCGCGUCUGGCCGGUUUUGUCGCCGUCGUCCUUCGCCGAAACCUCCGCCGCCUCCUCGUCGUCGUCAUCCUCAUCGACGUCAUUUUCGCCGCCCGCACUCUACUUUAUCCAGACCGAAACCGGCGACUCUUCUCUUCGAAAGCCGCCGGCAGCCAAGAAGCGGAAAAGCAAACCGGCUGACGUCAGCGGCGGUGGUGGGGCCGGGCAGCAGCAGCCGAGGAGGUGCAGCCAUUGUGGCGUCACAAAAACCCCACAGUGGCGGGCCGGGCCGCUCGGCCGGAAGACACUGUGCAAUGCUUGUGGAGUGAGGUUCAAAUCGGGUCGGCUCCUACCCGAAUACCGACCCGCCUGCAGCCCAACUUUCUCCACCGAUUUGCACUCUAACAGCCACCGGAAAGUUCUGGAAAUGCGACGGAAAAAGGAACUCGAGAACUGAACCGCCGGUCUGCCACCACUAGAGUAGGAUUGGAGUUUACUGAUCCGGAUAGAGUGAACCGGGUUUAGGGUAAUAGGCACCGGUUCGUUAGUGUACAUUCCUUUUCAAGGGCCCAUGGUUUGGUGAGGUAGGUUACUAGGCAGUGUAAUUGAUUAGGAAGGAGUUUCAUUUUUCAAUUUUAAUUUUAUUCAACUUAAUUAUUUUUU